AUGUAUGUCCGAAGCCUCAAAACGGGCGGAAGGUCCAAAGCAGGUCCAGCAGCAGCAAUAAGCCAAUCGACCACAAAGCCCUCUACCAGUUUGUACAAUACUUUUCCCCCAGACGCCUCUCUUCAGAAGCUGACGCCCUCCGAUAUCGGCACAUACGCCGAGAGUGUCAACGGCACAGGAACGACUCCCCAAGCAACCGGGCAACUUCAGGCGGUCAAGGAUUUUCUUGCAUACGCUAAGAAGAGCGAAGGGCUAACCGAAGAAAAUCUUGCACGAUAUGUUCGCAUUCGCAAGGCACGCAGCCGCUCCGGCGCUACCGUUGUUUCCAGCGAGUCGCAGCCUAUUGAACUGACAUCCGAGGGGCACACGCAAUUGGUUGGCCAGCGCGAGCGGCUAUUAGUUGAAAGCGAGUCGCUCGUAGUGGAGAUACGCAGGGCGCGUGCGGAUGGUGAUGUAACAGAGAACUCGCCGCUGGAUGCGGCGCGCGAGGAGCAAGGGCGAGUCCAGGCGCGAAUCAAGGAGAUAACGGCGACGCUGGAAAAAUCCGUCAUUAUCGAAGAGGGACAGGUACGGGACAGCAAGGUGGUGAAGAUUGGCGCGCGAGUCGAGGUAAGAGAACUCAUAAGCGGCGGCGAGCCUAAGAUUUACACGCUUGUGAACAAGACAGAGGCGAAUCCACUGGAGCUUCGUAUAUCGGAUGAUUCUCCGAUGGGCAAAGCGCUAUUGGGGAAGCGGGUCGGUCAGAAGGUGCCGGUCGUUACACCACGCGGCAAGCUGAAUUACGAAGUCAUCAGCAUCGCCUAG